CGGCUUGUAGUGCGGGUGAAAACAGGCGCCCGGACUGGCUGAAGUCUUUCCCUUCUCCGGCGCAAACUCCAUAAUUGCCCCAUGCGAGAGCGGGAAGUUGUUGCUUCGUAAGCGUCUCGCACGGCUUACAUUGCGCCCCCUUAUCUGCGUUUUACACCCCACAGCCUGGCUGCCAUGUGGGGACUGCGGGACGGCGGUGCUCAGUUCAGGGCGCCUGGCAGCCCUGGCUGGAAGCUGCACAUAGCUAGAGAGCUGAGGCGCAGAGACCGCGAGCAGAGGCAGGCGUUUGAAGAGCUCAUCCAGCAAUAUAACCGGCUACUCGAAAAGUCUGACCUUCAGUCUGUUUUGGCUGAUAAAUUGCAGUCAGAAAAAUACGACCAGCAAAGCCGCCAUGACAUCAGCCCGGGCCCUGAUGGGGUGCGAAAUGACACACUGCUGCAAGACAUGGCCCAGAUGAGGAUAAAACAUCAGGAGGAACUCACUGAGCUUCAUAAAAAGCGUGGAGAGUUGGCCCAGACAGUGAUAGAGCUGAACAAUCAGAUGCAACAAAAGGACAAAGAAAUCCAAACAAACGAGGAAACAAUUAAGGAGUACCAGCGUAUCAUCAAUGAGCUGGAGACAGAGUGCCAGGAUUUGCGUAACAAAUUGCAAGAACUUGAACGUGCCAACCAGACCUUAAAAGACGAGUACGACGCUUUACAGAUCACUUUCAACGCUCUGGAAGAGAAGCUGCGGAAGACUACAGAGGACAACCAGGAGCUAGUGACCCGUUGGAUGGCUGAGAAGGCCCAAGAAGCCAACAAGCUGAAUGCAGAGAACGAGAAGGAUUCAAAGAGAAGGCAAGCCAAGCUGCAAAAGGAAUUGGCUGAAGCAGCUAAAGAACCUCUUGCUUUGGAGCCUGAUGAUGAUAUAGAGGUGCUGCCUGAUAGUGCAGAUCCUACUGGAGAGAACUCUGCAGUGCAAACCUUGGGACGAACAGCCAGUAAGCGACUUUCUCAGCCUGCCGUAGGAGGCCUGCUGGACUCCAUCACUAAUAUCUUCGGUCUGUCUGAUUCUCCCCUCUUGGGCCAUCGUUCCGACACGUCCAGGAGACGGUCUAUAUCUUCCUCACCAGCCUCUCAUGACUGUCACGAUGCUCAAGCCGGUGCAAACCGCAAAGUAUGCGUUCCCUCGAUGGCUAUUCAUGCCUUUGAUGCGCAUGAUGGUGAAGUCAAUGCAGUGCGAUUUGGCCCAGGUUCCAGAUUAUUGGCCACAGGAGGAAUGGACCGAAGGGUAAAAUUGUGGGAGGUGAUUGGAGAUAAAUGUGAGAGUAAAGGUUCCCUCACUGGAAGUAACGCAGGAAUCACCAGCAUAGAGUUUGACAGCGCUGGCUCUUACCUUCUUGCUGCUUCCAAUGACUUUGCCAGCAGAAUCUGGACAGUAGAUGACUACCGGUUGCGGCACACACUAACUGGUCACAGUGGGAAAGUUUUAUCUGCCAAAUUCUUGCUGGACAACGCUCGGAUUGUUUCAGGGAGCCACGACAGGACAUUAAAACUCUGGGAUUUGCGCAGCAAAGUCUGUAUCAAAACUGUGUUUGCUGGGUCAAGCUGUAAUGAUAUUGUCUGUACAGAACAAUGUGUGAUGAGCGGUCACUUCGAUAAAAAAAUACGAUUUUGGGAUAUAAGGACAGAGACCAUUGUUCGAGAAUUGGAAUUGCAAGGUAGAAUCACUGCUCUAGAUUUAAAUCCAGAGAGGACAGAGUUGCUCAGCUGCUCUCGUGAUGACCUUAUUAAGAUCAUUGACCUGCGUGCCUGUGCUGUGCGGCAGACCUUCAGUGCUCAAGGGUUUAAGUGCGGAUCUGAUUGGACCAGAGUCAUUUUUAGCCCAGAUGGCAAUUAUGUGGCAGCUGGUUCAGCCGAGGGGACACUGUACUUCUGGAAUGUGUUGACUGGCAAAGUGGAGAAGAUGCUUGGGAAACAACACGGAUCUUCUAUAAAUGCUGUUGCGUGGUCUCCCUCUGGUGCUUAUGUGGUCAGUGUGGACAAAGGAAGCAGAGGAGUUUUGUGGUCCGACUUAUAAUUGCUAGCCAACCCAAAGAUGGAGCCUCUACUGCAAGCAACUGGUCUCGGAGUGGUGAUGGAGCCAGCUCUAACAUCUGAGCACCCAAUACCAGCUAGGUCUCCAAGCUCUGUGGUGUGUGGACAGAGAGCUACUUGCCACCAAGUACUGCAGAGGUCUUCUUUCACCUCAUGGUUUCAAUGAAGGCGAGGACUUAAGUGAUUUAACAUUCUGAACACUGAUGAAAACAAAACUCAUAAAUGCAGAUAAUGUUGUAUAGAAGACGUUCAAAAAAAUAUUUUUAAUGCACAGCUUGGAUUUUACCUGUAUCUUAAUCCUUCUUGAUGUCGUUUUAAGUAGCACUUGCUGUCAUGGAAAGAGCCUUUUUGUUUUAGAUAGAUUGGAAUAUUUUAUUAAAAUGCACUUUACAAAGUAUACUUAAUAAGAAAAA